AUGGCCGAUCUUGUUGUUCGCCUCUUGCUGCAGAACUUGCCACAGCUUCUUGAGGAUGAAUUUAAGUUACUUUCUGGGGUAGAAGACAAAAUCAAUUCCCUUACCAAUGAGCUUAAGUUUAUUGACUUAUUUCUCAAGAGCUCUGAGGGGAAGCGCAACGACGAUUGUGUGAAAACUAUUGAGAAGAUCAAGAGCUAUAUUGUUCAAAUUUAUACGAAUAAGGAGAGAUACGGCAUUGGAGAAGGAGAAUUUAAAAGUGAAGAAGAAGGAGAAGAACAACAAGUUACAGAAUCACUCCGUAAAAGGAGGAAGGAUGUGGAGGAAGAGCAUGUGGUGGGAUUAGUUCAAGACAGCAAUGUUGUAAUUACACAGCUCAUGGAAACGGAUUCGCGUCUUAAUGUUGUUCCCAUAAUUGGUAUGGGUGGGUUGGGCAAGACCACACUUGCAAGAAAGAUCUACAACAACAAUAAGGUGAAGGAGUUGUUUCGUUGCCGCGCUUGGGGUGACGUGUCUAAUGAUUACAGACCCAUGGAGCUCUUGCUUAGCCUUUUCAAGUGUUUCCAAUCGUCUUCAUCGGAAUAUAAUAAUUUAAAUGAAGAGGAAUUGAAGAUGAUGGUGAGAGAAUGCUUGAAGGGAAAGAGGUAUCUAAUAGUGCUUGAUGACAUUUGGAAAACUCAAGUUUGGGAUGACAUAAAAGGUGUCUUUCCAGAUGACAAAAACCGUAGCAGAAUACUGAUAACUAGUCGUAUAAAGGAGGUGACUUCUUAUUGUGGAACAACCCCUCCCUAUAACCUUCCAUUGCUCAAUAAAGAACAAAGUUGGGAACUCUUUUCCAAGAAGGUGUUUCAAGGUGAAGAGUGUCCUUCUGAUCUAGAGCAUCUGGGUAGGUCAAUUGCUGAAAGUUGUGGGGGUUUGCCACUUGGCAUAGUCGUCUUAGCAGGAUUGGUUCGAAAGAAAGAGAGAUCAGAAAGAGAGUGGUCGAGAUUGAAGAAAAUCAGUUGGCAUCUAACUCAAGAUAAGACUGAAGUGAUGGAUAUAUUAAAGCUUAGCUAUGACAACUUGCCUCGAAGAUUAAAGCCAUGCUUUCUGUAUUUUGCAAUCUACCCUGAAGACUAUGAGAUCCGUGCAAACAAAUUGAUGGAAUUAUGGAUAGCCGAAGGAUUCAUACAACCAAAAGAAAUUGGAUACCCAAAUCCACCACAAGUAGAAGACAUUGCUGAAUACUACUUGGAUGAGCUGGUGGAUCGUAGCUUGGUGAAAGUGGUAAGGAGGAGGAUUGAUGGAGGUGUAAAAACAUGUCAGAUUCAUGAUCUUCUCCGUGACCUCUGCAUAUCCGAGAGCAAAUCCAAUGGGUUAUUGGAGGUUUCCACAGGGGCGAACAUGGAUACACUGAGCAGUCCCCAUAGAUUGUCCUUGCACGGGAGAGCACAAUCUUAUCUCUCUUUUGACAAAUUUAAUCAAUCAUCCACUCGUUCCUUGUUCUUCUUUACUACAGGGAAAUUCCCUCAUUCUGGUCAUGAUCAUGUUAUGAAGAACUUCAAGUUGGCUCGCGUGCUAUAUGCCGAAGCAUCGUUGUUUUCUUCACUAAGCAUUGGUUUGAAGAUGAUGAUCCAUCUGAGAUACUUGAAAGUAGAUACAGAUGUAAGAGAUAUUCCAGCUUCUAUAUGCAGCCUUCGGAAUCUAGAAAUGCUACAUUUGACACUACCACUUAUCCGGGGAAGAUGGAGUCGUCUUCCUAUGGGAAUGGGAAGGUGUAGAGAGCUGUCAAGCCUAACCAAUCUCCGUUCCAUAAAAUUAAUCGGCUUUGAACAUCUUCCAUUGGAGUUUCCAUCAAAUAUUGUGAAGAUAACAUUGCAAUCUACAGUUAUAGACGGCAACAAGGAUAUCAUGAAGACUCUAGGACGGCUUGCCAACCUCCAAAUUCUGAAACUAAAAUAUUUUGUUGGUCUUUCUGACAUUAUUAUUGCCGCUGGAGAGUUCCCACGGCUUCGAUGGGUGCUCCUUCUUGGAUGA